AUGUGGCAACGAAUAAAUGCAUUGAGCUUAAGCACAUGGCAGCUACAUUCACCGAUCGCUCUGGCUCUGAACAUUCGCCGAAUAUCCAAUGUCUCGGGCAUAGACUGGUUCGAUUCCUCACUGAAAAUCCAUGGAACCAACCUCAAAACAUUAAAGCAAGCUCAUUGUUCCAUGAUCACAACGGGUUUAAACAGAGACAACCUCAUCGUCGCCAAAUUCCUCGACGCGUGUUCAAUUGCAGGACAUGUUCGAUACGCUUACACUGUAUUCACCAACCAGCAAUCACCCAAUACUUAUCUCCACAACGCCAUGAUCAGAGCAUUGUCUCUCUUCGACGAGCCCAGUGCGCACGCUGUUGCGGUCUCUGUUUACAAAAAGUUCUGGGCUUUAUGCUCUAAGCCUGACACGUUCACUUUCCCGUUUGUGCUGAAGAUCGUUGUUCGUUUAUCUGAUGUUUGGUUAGGGAGACAGAUUCAUUGCCAAACGGUGGUGUUCGGGUUUGAUUCCAGUGUCCAUGUUGUCACAAGUUUGAUUCAGAUGUACUGUGUGUGUGGCGGUUUAGGAGAUGCACGUAAGGCGUUCGAUGAAAUGCGUGUGAGGGACGUGAAUGUUUGGAAUGCGUUAUUAGCUGGGUAUGGAAAAAUGGGUAAGAUUGAUGAAGCUUGGAGUUUGCUGGAGAUGAUGCCUUGUUGGUUAAGAAAUGCGCUUUCUUGGACUUGUGUGAUCUCUGGAUUCGCUAAGAUCGGACGAGCUAGCGAAGCCAUUGAAGUGUUUCAGAGAAUGUUGUUGGAUAAUGUUGAGCCUGAUGAAGUCACGCUUUUGGCAGCACUCUCUGCUUGUGCUGAUCUUGGUUCAAUUGAGUUUGGUGAGAGAAUAUGUAGCUACGUUGAUCACCGAGGUAUGAACAGAGCUGUUUCGAUGAACAAUGCGCUCAUCGAUAUGUAUGCGAAAUCAGGGGAUAUUAAAAAGGCAUUGGUGGAGUUUGAGAGUUUGAACGAGAGAAAUGUGGUUACUUGGACGACUAUGAUCACUGGAUUGGCUACUCACGGGCUUGGAGCUGAAGCCUUGGCGAUGUUUAACCGAAUGGUUAAAGCUGGCGUGAAACCAAACGAUGUUACUUUCAUAGCAAUCCUCUCAGCUUGCAGCCAUGUCGGUUUGGUUGGUCUUGGAAAAUGUUUGUUCGCCUCAAUGAGAUGGAAAUACGGGAUUGAACCGAACAUUGAGCAUUACGGAUGCAUGAUUGAUUUGCUAGGACGAGCAGGUAGAAUCCGAGAAGCGGAAGAAGUUUCUAAGCGCAUGCCUUUUGAAGCUAAUGCUGCAAUAUGGGGAUCUCUUCUUGCUGCCUCGAAUGUUCAUCAUGAUCUUGAGCUUGGAGAAAGAGCUUUGAAUCAGCUGAUUAAGUUAGAACCUAAUAACAGUGGUAACUAUAUGCUUUUAGCCAAUUUAUAUGCGGAUUUAGGAAGGUGGGACGAGUCGAGGAUGAUGAGGAAGAUGAUGAAAGGGAUCGGUGUGAAGAAGAUGGCUGGUGAAAGCUCCAUAGAUGUUGAAAACAGAGUAUAUAGAUUCAGCUCAGGGGAUCUCUCGCAUCCUCAGGUCGAAAUGAUUCUUGAAAUCCUACAAGAGAUGGAUUUCCAAAUUCAGAGCAACGAAAUUAGAGAAAAAGAAGAAAGAUUUGGAAUUGUUUGAUCAGAUUAAGGAUCAACAAUGGCUUCUCUUCUCUGAGACGUGAAAUUAGAGAAGCUUUGAGUACGCGCAUGACGCAGAAGGUGGCGAAAGAGAAGGUGGUGGUUGUGGAGGUUAAUUCCGGUUCCUGUUAAGGAGAAAUUUGAAGAAUCUGCCAAAGAGGAGAGAUGUCGCUAUGGCGCGUAGAUGAGCGGCUGUGAUGUGUUUUGUAAUGGCGCCAAACCGAAGCUUCUUCUUCUGCCGGGUUUCGAGGUUUGGGCUCAGUCUUGGCCCAAAUAAAAGCCUUAUUUUUUGAAU